CAACAGCUUCCUUCUUUUACUUUUACGUAUAAUGUCAUCGGCAUCACCAUCAUCACAAAAUGACCCGGACCUGCCUUGGGUAGUUCAGAAAUAUGGCGGAACUAGCGUAGGCAAAUUCCUAGAAGUCAUUGCUUCCACCAUUGUCCCCUCUUAUAUGAAUUCAAAUCGGGUCGUUGUGGUCUGCUCGGCUCGAAGCGGUGAAUCGAAAGAUAAAGGAACCACCAAUCGUUUAUUGCGGGCGGCUGAGGAGGCAUUAACCGAAGGUUCUUCGAAAUACCUGGAUAUUGUCAGAGAAAUAGAAGAAGACCAUCUGGCAGCCGCAAGAGCACACGUCAAAAAUGCGGAGAUUCUGCAACAACUGGAAGCGCAAUUGGAGAAAGACUGUGUGAAACUCCGGUCGUUUUUACAAGCAGCUGAGAUUAUCGAUGAAAUAUCACCUCGUUCCCUAGACAUCAUCGUCGGUAUUGGUGAACGUCUUUCUUGCACCAUUGUAGCCGCUGUACUUAAAGAUAAAGGCAUUGACAGUGAAUUGGUUGUGCUGAACAAUAUCAUUGAUCAAGAAUUCGCAGUACUGGACCAAGAUUUUUACAGUUAUCUCGGUGCAAGACUGAGUGACAUUGUUCGACAAUGUGGGAACAAAGUGCCCGUGUUGACCGGCUUUUUUGGUAAUGUGCCGGGCAGUCUUUUAGCGACGAUUGGACGUGGAUACACGGAUUUGUGUGCUGCAUUGGUAGCGGUGGGACUGCAAGCUCAGGAAUUGCAGAUUUGGAAAGAAGUGGAUGGCAUUUUCACGGCAGAUCCACGCAAAGUUCCUGGUGCACGAUUGCUGCCUUUUAUUACCCCCGAAGAAGCGGCCGAGUUGACUUACUACGGCUCGGAAGUCAUUCAUCCGUUCACCAUGGAACAAGUGAUUCGAGCCGAUAUUCCCAUUCGCAUUAAAAACGUAGAAAAUCCUGCUGGCUCAGGAACCAUCAUCUUCCCUGAUGCCGUCAUGCGUUCUCCCAACGGCCACGCCACUCCCCCUCCUUCUCGCUUUGAAUUAGCCCAGAACGGGUAUCACCACGAUUUAUCCAGAAAACACCCCACCGCCAUCACCAUCAAAGAUAACAUUUGCGUCUUGAACGUCCACUCCAACCGAAAAAACGUGAGUCACGGUUUUCUUGCCAAGAUUUUCACCGCCUUGGACGAGCAUGGCAUUGUGGUCGAUCUUAUUUCUACAUCCGAAGUCCAUGUAUCCAUGGCCUUGGGCAUUGAUAUGGUAGAAAGCAGUCUGGAAAAAGCGCGGCAUGAAUUGGAAAAAUUGGGCACGGUCGACGUCAUUCACAACAUGGCGAUUCUCUCAUUGGUUGGUAAACAGAUGAAAAACAUGGUCGGUAUUGCUGGGAAAAUGUUCACAUGCUUGGCGGAGGCCAACAUCAAUAUCGAGAUAAUUUCACAAGGAGCGUCGGAAAUCAACAUCUCAUGUGUGGUCGAGGAAAGCAAGGCACUCGGGGCCAUGAAAGCCAUUCAUGAACGCUUACUUAAUCUAGAUCCUGGAGUACAAAUUACUCUUCCAAGUUAGACCAACUGAAUUAUUACUUUUUUUUUACGGAUUAUACU